UUUAGUAAAAAAAUAAUGGUUGAUUGAUUGAUUGUCAAAAAAUAAAAAAAAUAUUAUUUUACUUCAUUUACCAAGCAUUACACGCCGAAAUGUGGAAAUUAGACUAAAAAUAAUUGAAUUUGAAUCAAUUCUAAAAUGGCUUCUGGUAGGCCAAGAGUGUCGGCCCAUGGCGAUUCCAUGAACUCCGACGAUCUUGUCCCGCCGGGAACCACAGGCAUGGAGCAGGAUACAUCUUCACUGACCGUGCCCAGAGUAGUCAAACUGUCCAAGAAAGGCAUCGAAAAUGCCAAGAAGAGACUACGGGCGUUCUCCAUUCAAAAGAAGACGCCAAUCACGCCUAUUGUAGUACCAAAACCCGUUAACACUGGAAACCAAAUCCAAGGCACUACAGUGUUGAUCGGCAAGCUGAGCAGUGUCCGAACCACCCCGAAGCCAGACGUGGAGCCCGACAAGAAGCCGCCCAGGCCGCCCAAGCCCGGGGCCAGUAAGAAAAAUUUUCAAGACUCAUACACGGAGUUGCAAAAGCGCACCCUCUCGGAAAUCGAGGAUAUGAAGCGGAAAAUGGAGCUGGUGGAACUGGGCAUCCCGUUGGGGCUGAUAUGCCCCAGCUCGACCAGCGAGAAGGCCAUGCCUACGAAAGCCAUGCCCCCCAUUAAGACAUUCUUAGACGAAACAAAAGUGGAUGAGCUCAUACGUGAGGCUAAAAAGGCGAAGGCUGCUGGCAAAGAUUUCAAAUUCGACUACCAGAAACUUCUGCCUGACUACGACAAUCCGUUUCAAAGAAAAAAAGAUGAAUUCGUGCCGAAUGAAAAAGAGAAAAUCGAGGACGACCGCGCUUCCUCCUCAAGCAAGAAUAUAUCAGAUAGAGACAAGAAAGAUUCUGAAUCCAGUUACAAACCCAGGACAUCUGAUAAGUAUGAACGAAGGCACUCUGACUACAGAAAAGAUGACCGGAAAGAUAGAUACAAAGAUAAGAGUAAAGAAAGAGACAGGGAGAGGGAUAGAGAAAGGGACAGAGAUAAAGAUAGGGAUAAGAGUAAGGACAAAGAAAAGGAAAAGGACAAAGAUAAAAAGGACGCAGAUCGUGAAGUGAAAAAAGAUGAUAAAGUUCCUAAAGAGACAGAUGUGAAUCUAAAUGAUUAUUUAGUCUGUGAUACUUGGUCUUUAGAUAAUGAGGAUAAGUCUAUUUCUAGUCCCAAGGUUGACCCUACGAGGUACUCGAUGAUGAGGGCUAAGCAGGCAGCAGAUUUGCUGAAAGCAAGCCUUAUGAAUAGGGACAGGUGUUCAGAAAGUCCCAGCGGUAAACCGGCGAAGUUAGAGAAACUGCAACCAGUGAUGGAUUCUUUCGAAUACGAAAUUGACCCGACCGAAGACGAAGCGUUAGACAUGUUUGACGAAGAUUCGGUGCUGGAAAAGUUUAAUAAACCGACGAUAGUUAAGGACGACCCGUUCGAUUCUCCGAUAGAUCUGAAACUGUUUGAUUAUGACCAAGAUUUGACUAAGGAAGGUGUGAUAGACGCGAAUGACGAUAAUUUCUUGGAAUCUGUUAUUAACGAGAUCAAGCAAGAGAACAUGAGUGAUGAAACUAGUCAGGACAAGGGUUUGGUUGAAUACGAUUCUCCCAAAGACGAUUACGAUGAUAAUUCCAAAAACGACGCGAGUUUGGGCUCAGUUACACCUGAAUUGGAUGACAGGAUGCGAGACUUGCAAUCGAGCCAGCGUAGCAACUACUCAGACGGUUACAGGUCUACCGAAAGCGGUUACAAGUCUACCGAAAGCGGUUACAAGUCAACUGAGAGUGGUUACAAGUCAACAGAGAGUGGUUACAAGUCGACAGAACCUAGUUACAAGUUGACAGAACAUGGUUACAAGUCAAAGGAUCGGUAUAGGCCGAGCACUCGGCAAGCGGACAACUACCGUCUUUCGGUGGAGAAGGAAUUGGACGAUUCGUUGGAAGCCAACAAUAUGUCGAAGAGCACCGUGGAUUCACUGGAGACGUGGAGCUUCGUGCUCAAGAUAUGCCAGCCGUUGCUGUUCAGGCACGACAGGAAUAAAUGUUACAAGGAGACGCACAGCCACCCCAAGAUCUGGUUCGCGGAGAACCCCAAAGGCUGCAGCUGCGUCAAGGACCGCUCCGUGGUCUACGAGGAGCUGGAAAUGUGCAAGAUGGCGCUUGUAGACCGUGUCUAUGGCUGCGACCAGAUCCCCGACGAAGCCCCGCUAAAGGCCCGGGCUUGGUACCCGCGCGGGGCGUUCUGCGGCCCCGCCCCCGCGCCCGCCUCCGACUGGGAGGAUGAGGAGCGGCCCCCGCCCCCGCCAGGGUCGCUGACCCCGCAGCAUACCGAGGAAAUAUACCUGGAUAGGGAGUAUCAGAGGUUCAUGCAAGCCGUCUGGCCGGACGUGUCCGAGCCCAAGGACACUUCUCGCAGCACCACGCCCAUCCGCCAGGUCGCCAGAAAGAAGAAGAAGCCAGAAGAAACUGAGAAAGAAGAAGAUAAGAAGAAAGCAAAGAAGGUCAAGCUUAGCAGCGAGGGGUGGAGCCAGGAGUCCGAUGUGGAAGAAGAGAGUGAGAAACACAGCAAGAAGUUAAAAACAGAAAAAGAGAAGUCACGCAAGAGGAAGCACUCGGUGUCGAGCGAGACCACGCCCACCGAAAGCGAUGAUAGCAAGAAGAAGAAAAAGCUAAAAAAGAAGGGUAGUAAGAAACUAAAGGCUAAGUUGGCAAAGAAGCGUCGCAUGGACAAGAAGAUGAAGAAACGCCUGAAAGACAAACAGAAGAAGAAGAAGAAAACACCGAAGGUCGAGGAGAUCAGUGACGACUCUGGAGAUGAAAAAGAAAAGAAAAAGAAAAUCAAAAAGAAAAAGCAACUAAAACUUAAGAAAAUCCAAAAGAAGAAGAAAGUGCAAGUGAAAUCAUCCAGCAGUUCGUCAUCAAGCAGUAGCAGCUCUGACAGCGAGUCCGAAGAAGAAAGAAAGAGGAAACAGAAGAAGAAAGAACUAGCCGCUAAAAAGAAGAAAGAUAAAAAAAAGAAACGUAAACAAUCUUCAGAGAGCGACGAGCUUUUCGACGUUAAUGUACUUAACAACAUAAAGACAGAAAGAUUGAGCGACGAUGAGUUCUCUCCAAGACGGCAGAAGCCAAGAGAAAUUAUUAACGUGAAAGAACUACAAAAAGAUUUUGUAGGUAGUAACAUACAUAUAAAGCAGGAGAAAGUGGAGUCCCCUGUAGCAUCACCUAAAGAAGCAGUUAGUCCGCCGAUAGUAGAUAUUAAAGAAGAGAGCUGUGAGGUGCUGCAAGACCAAUCUACGCCGCCUGAGAAGGUGGAGACUAAAGUAGAAGUAGUGGAACCAGUGAAGGAACCGACCCCUGAGCCAGUCCAAGAAAUUGAAUCGCCGAAUAAUAAUAUGCUAGAGGAAUCUCACUCCAUACCCCUCCCCGACGAUCCAAUCACAACUACCAAUUUGGAAGAUAUUGCUCUUCCAUCUGAAGACAACAGAACAGAACAGAAAGCAGAGCCCUCUCAAACGUAUUACGAAGUUAAAACCGAUCAGGCUGACGUCUAUCAAAAGCAGGGCGAGAUAUAUGAGAAACAUGGGGACACUUAUCAGAAACAGGGGGAUAUUUAUCAGAAGGAGGGGGACCUCUAUCAGAAAUACGGGGAUCUGUACCAGAAGCAAGGGGACGCAUACCAGAAGCAAGGGGACGCCUAUCAGAAACAAGGGGACACCUAUCAGAAACAAGGGGACAAUUACCAAAAACAAGGGGACACCUAUCAGAAGCAAGAUUCUUAUUCGAAACAGACUGAAUCGUAUACGAAACAGGGUGAUGUUUAUCAGAAGCAAAGCGACAGCUAUCAGAAACAGGGCGAUCAGUACCAGAAGCAAGGGGACGUGUAUCAGAAAGAUUUAGAAGUGGAGGGGGAAGAGAAGUUUGCCGACAGCUAUGAGAUGUUGGAGCAGAUGGCGAUGGCGUAUCAGAGCGAUGUUGCUAAUCAGCACCUAUCAGGAACAGUAUCCAUAGACCCGGCGUUGGAUUCGCCGCAAUCGCAACGCAUCGAGACGGUGGUCCGGCGGCGCGGCGAGAUCAAGUGCGACUGGCGCGCCGGGGACACGCCUGCCGCCCAGCAGACGCAGCAGCGGCCUUCGCGGUGGGGUCUGAAGCCGGGAGAAGUGAACAUAGUCCUGACAGGAGGGCCGGCAAGCGAGCCCGCCGUGGCUUAUCCCAUCCGCAGCGUGCUGGAGCGCGGGCCCUACGAGAUACAGACCCUCGCCAAUAGGCAGGACCACCAGAACAUCGGGUACGAUGAAGCAUACAUGGACAUGUUCGGCUCUUCCGACCGCAUGCAGUACGGUGACUGCUUUGCCACGGAAACCCCUGCGCCGCGUCUGUCAUCCCUGGAUGAAAGAAUCAACCGGGCACUCAGGGAAACCAAUCUUGGUGAAGUGACGAAAGAGACAGAUGAUGUGGAAACAGACAAAGAUACCCCAGAAAAGGGGAUCCUGGUUACCAAGUCGUUAUGCGUGGAGCCUUCUCGCAGCGCCAAGCGAGUCAGUUUCGCCGACGGGUACAAGCCUGGACAGGACUCGGACACAGAGGAGCCUCCCGUUAAGAAGCGCAAGAAGGCCCGUCGCACCGGCUGCGCGUGGCCGUGUCCCGCGACGCACCCGGACCACGUGCCGCUGUGGGACGCGCUGCCGCCGCCGCCGCCGCCCGCGUCCCCGCCGCCGCCGCCCGCCGCCCCGCCGCCGCUGCACCUGCUGCGCCGCCCGCCCGCCCAGCCGCUGCUGCAACCGCCCGCCCAUGGGCUCAAGAUGGCAUCUCUUUGGCCGUGUCCCGCCACGCACCCGGACCACGUGCCGCUGUGGGACGCGCUGCCGCCGCCGCCGCCGCCCGCGUCCCCGCCGCCGCCGCCCGCCGCCCCGCCGCCGCUGCACCUGCUGCGCCGCCCGCCCGCCCAGCCGCUGCUGCAACCGCCCGCCCACGGGCUCAAGAUGGCGGCGGGAUAUGCCGCCUCCCACUCUAGUGAGUCUAGUCCCGCGCCGCUGUGGGACGCGCUGCCGCCGCCGCCGCCGCCCGCGUCCCCGCCGCCGCCGCCCGCCGCCCCGCCGCCGCUGCACCUGCUGCGCCGCCCGCCCGCCCAGCCGCUGCUGCAACCGCCCGCCCAUGGGCUCAAGAUGGGUGAGUCGCACUAG